GACUCGAGACGAUAACCUACCUAUCUCCUGACCUGAUCAGUGACAGUUUCAGCUUCUCCGUGGUGGUCAUCAUGGCGGUUCCUGGCUUGGCUGUCCAGAAAACAGAAGAGGAGUGGCGUACGGUUCUUUCUCCUGAGCAGUUUCGGAUUCUUCGUCAAAAAGGCACCGAAAAGCCAGGAAGUGGAGAAUAUGACAAGUUUUUCGAAGAAGGGAUCUUCAGCUGCGUGGGAUGCAAGACUCCUCUUUAUAAAUCAACCACAAAGUUCGAUUCCGGAUGUGGCUGGCCAGCUUUCUUUGAAGGACUUCCCGGUGCAAUAAACCGAUCCCCUGAUCCAGAUGGGAGAAGAACUGAGAUAACUUGUGCAGCGUGUGAUGGACACUUAGGCCAUGUUUUCAAAGGAGAAGGUUACGGUACUCCAACCGAUGAACGUCAUUGUGUUAACAGCGUUUCAAUCAGUUUCAACCCGGCAAAACCUUCCCUUCUCUAAUCUCUGAUGAUUGGUUGAUUUAAGAUUCCAUAUAUCAUAAGAUAUCUUCUAAUCAGAUUGUCUUGUUCAAAAAUCUCUAGUAGUCAUAAUCAUCAUGUGGUGUGUAUAUAUGUAUGCACUUUGUGUGGUGGUCAAUCAGUGCAACAUAUAAUAAGAUUCAUCGUUUUAGUUAUAUAUUCU